AUGGCUAUGUAUUACUACGCAAGUAAAUUGAAUGAAGCAUCAUGUAGCGGAUGUAAUGUGAAGCUGCCGCCACCUCCUGCCGAGCCAGCUCCACCACCUCCCGAACAUUCAUCUCUUCCCACUGAAUCUUCACUUCUCCAUGGCACUGGACUCUCUUAUUAUGAUAAUGAUGACUACUAUUCAAUGGUGAGAGGUAACAAGUUCAUGUCGGAGAACAGCUGCAAACACAUGGUGAUGAACGGUGGUAUCAGUUUCACCGCUGCCUCUGUGGAGCCUACUCAGUUGUCAACGGUCCUAUCACCGACUGCGAAAUCUUCGAGUCAAUACACAGAGAAAUCGGAUGUGGAGUAUAAAGAUGGUAACAUAGUGAGCUCAACUUUUGAUGGGCUUGUGGAUAUGCUGCGGCCUGGUGCCACAAAGUCCUUCACAUUUACAUUUAUUCUGUGCUCACGGCUGUUCGUCAAGCCUCACGAGCUGCUGGCUAAGCUUUGCAAGCGGUACUUCACCAAUUAUGAUAAGGUGGGUAAGAACGAGAUGAAGGAACUGAUGGAUCGUGAGGUGACGGAGAUGACGUCACUGGUCCGUGUUCUCAGCCAAUGGACCGCCAUGUUUCCAUACGACUUCCGCGACGACCGCGUCAUGGCCCUCGUCAGGAGCAUCACUCAGAGAUGUGCCGCGGAACAUAUGUCUUCUAUUAGAUCCGAGGUCUCAAGUAUGUUAGAACGCUUGUUGGACAAACUGACAGCCCUGGAACAGUAUGAGGAGACACUGGUGGAUGUGCCGCAAGUUGCUAACUGCGAUCAACUUCCACCUGGCGAUAUUCUUACACUCGGGUUGAGUCCAGUCGAGUUGGCGAACCAGCUGACCAUAGUGGAGCUUCAUAGGCUCUCGUUCGUUGGUCCGGAGGAGUUUGUUCAAACGUUCGCACCAUCGCAGCCUCAGAGCUCAACAUCUAGCAUCAGUCUACAUCACGCAGAGACCAAGAGCACCAAGAAUUUAGAAGCUUAUGCUGACUGGUUCAAUAGACUCAGCUAUCUGGUUGCUACGGACAUCCUGAAGGCAGUAAAGAGCAAAUAUCGGGCCCGUGUGAUGGAGCAGUGGGUGAUGACAGCUAGGGAGUGCUUCAACCUUGGCAACUUCAAUUCACUAAUGGCCAUCAUAAGCGCCCUCAACAUGGCUCCCAUCACCAGGCUUAAGAAAACGUGGAGUCGUACGAGCGCUGUCUGCGGUCAACAGUUGCGGCAAUUGGAGUUGUGCGUUGAACCCAGUGGAAAUCAUGCCAGGUAUCGUGCGGCCUUGGCAGCUGCUCCUACAGAGACGGCUGUACCGUUGCUGUCCGUCACCUGCCGAGAUCUGCACUUCGCUAACCAGGGGUCGCCAACCAAGUUGUCCGGUAACCGUGUGAACUUCAACAAGUGUACGCUUGUCGCUCGUCACGUGGCCUCCCAGCUGGCUUCAAGACGUCUCCUAGUGGACGGUCCACCGGUGACUGCCCCCCCACCACCACACCUACAUCUACCCGCCUGGCGCUUCUUGAGCAAUAGACCAUCGCUCACUGAACUCGCUCUAGAACUAACGUCGUUCGAACGUGAGCCUCCAGUGGAUCAUCUCGAAAAAGAGCGCCUGAAGAGAUUACGAGGCGCUACUUAA